UAUAUCAAACUGAGGUAAUUGGAGCAAAGCACGAGGUAGCAGAAGCUACUGAUUUCCUGUCACCUGGUAUCCAUCGGCCCCAGGCCUGGUCUGUCUCACUCACCCGCCACGACUCGAGAAACCAGACACAGUGUACUGAACUCAGCGGCAAACAUCCACAUCAGCACUUGAGCCUUGAAGCCUGGGAGAGUCAGGAGUGCUGAGAAUAAAAUGACAACACCUCGGAAUUCCGUGAGUGGAACUUUCCCAGCGGAGCCUCCAAAGGGCCCUAUUUCUAUGCAACCUGCUAAUAAAGUAAGCUUCCAGAGGGUGCCAGCGGUGGGCCCCACGCAGAGCUUCUUCAUGCGGGAAUCGAAGGCUCUGGGGGCCAUCCAGAUCAUGAACGGGCUCUUCCACAUGGCGCUGGGAGGUCUACUGAUGAUCCCCACAGGUGCCCACGGGCCCAUCUGUGUGGCCGUGUGGUACCCUCUCUGGGGAGGCAUUAUGUUUAUUAUUUCUGGAUCAUUCCUGGUAGCCACAGAGAAAACCUCCAGGAAGAGUCUGAUCAGAGUGAAAGUAAUAAUGAACUCACUGACCCUCUUUGCGGCCAUUUCUGGAAUAAUACUCUUGAUCAUGGACAUACUUAAUAUUAAACUGUCCCAUUUUUUAAAAAUGGAGAGACUGAUUCUUAUUAAGACUCCCGUGCCGUACAUUGACAUAUACAACUGUGAAGCAGCUGGUUCCUCUGAUGAAAACUUCCCAUCCACACAAUACUGCUACAACAUACAGUCUGUGUUCCUGGGCAUUUUGUCAGUGAUGCUGAUCUUUGCCUUCUUCCAGAAACUUGUGGCUGCCGGCAUUGUGGAGAAUGAAUGGAAAAGACUGUGCUCCAGACCCAAAGCCAGUGUGGUUUUGCUGUCAGCUGAAGACAAAAAAGAACAGACAGCUGAAAUAAAGGAAGAAAUGGUUGAGCUAAUUGAAGUGUCUUCCCAACCAAAACCUGAGGAAGAGAUUGAAAUCAUUCCAGUCCAGGAAGAAGAGGAAGAAACUGAAGCAAACUUUCCAGAACCUCCGCAAGACCAGGAAUCCUCCCCAGUAGAGAAUGACAACUCUCCUUAAACUGUUUCCUCUGCUUUCUCUUUUUUUUAAUUGCUAUUAUCUCCUUAGCAAAAGAAACAGAAAGAGUAAAUAAGAUCCACAGGUACAACAGAUACUGUGAAAGGGAAAGAAGUGCUCCUCUGCUGCCUGUUUCCUCUUUUCAGCGUUAGUGUUUACAGCUUCCAAAACACAGCUGACCUACUGCGAUCUUCUGCAUCUCUUUUCCGUAUUUGCAUUUGUCAUUUCCGAAAAGCCUCUGGUCUCUUACAUUACUCAGAAUGUAGCAAAUGUAGCUGGUUGUUUUGUGAUGUUUCAUGUUCAUAAUAUCCUUCCUACAUGGGGAAGAGGCAGAAUAAAUGCUGAAGAAUAUGAUUUCUUA